AUGACUAGAGGAGGAAAGAGAGAUGAGCGACGGGAAGAACCCGAGGAGGGUCCAGCACCAUCAGCUGCAGAUGAAGGGGCCAUGGCAAGCUGUGGAGGUAAUCAGCUGGAAGAGCUGACAAGUAUGAUGAAGUCUUUCAUGCAGACACAAGCCGUGAGAGAUAAGCAGCAGGAAAAAGAACAUUCCCGCCAAGAGUUGAGAUGGCGGAAUAUGGAACACCAGUUUCGGCAGAUCCAGGCCCAGGUAACUGAGAUGAGAGAAGAGCAGCAACAGGAGCAAGCGGGAGGUGAGGAGCAGCGUGCAAGUGGAGUCCGCUAUGAAGAGGAUCAGGGGGAGAUGGACCGAUCCGGACAUCGCAUAGUAAGGCUGCAGCGAGGCCUGCACACUCAUCCAGAGCCCAAGCUCCUGCCAUUGUCCCCUGAAGAUGAUGUUGAGCACUUUCUGGCCACUUUUGAAAGAAUGGCCCAUGUCUGCCAUUGGCCUCAGGACGAGUGGGCAGUUAGGCUCAUUCCUCUGCUGACUGGUAAGGCACGCAGUGCUUAUGUGCUUAUGGACAUCGAUUCGUCAGACGAUUAUGAGAGAGUGAAAGAGGCAAUCCUGGCAAAAUAUGAAAUAAAUGCUGAGACUUACAGGAGAAGAUUUCGGGCCCUGGACGUUCAUCAGGGAGAGACCCCACGGGAGCUGUAUGUUCGCCUGAAAGAAAUGUUCAACAAAUGGGUCAAGCCUGAAACCACCACCGUCAAAGACAUUUCUGAGCUGUUGAUCAUGGAACAGUUUCUGAGAAUGGUGAAUCCAGAGAUGGAAGUUUGGAUCCGAGAACAUGACCCAAAAACUGCUGAAGAAGCUGCUCGCCUGGCAGAGGUGUUUCAGUCGGCCAGGAGGGGUCACCCGCGCCUAGCAACCAACCAUAGCAAUAGCCCAGGGGUGAGAAAUAAAUCCUUUGGGGGGGACAGGGGUCAUGGUCAGACUCAAGGCAGGUUCCCCGGUAAUAAACAGAAUGCUCAGAGUAGACCUGUCCAUGCUAAUAAGCCAGCUAAGUCAGAUGUCAGGUGUUACCACUGUAAUGAGUUAGGCCAUACUCAGUACACUUGUCCAGCUGCAGGAAGAAGCAAGCUAUCUCUCCUCUGCUCUGUCCCUAGACCCACGAUGCAGGAACCAGGCACUCAGGAAAGUGGUAGGAAGGUUCCAGUACUGAUAAAUGGUCAGCGGGAAGAAGCUCUUGUUGACUCGGGCAGUUUUCAGACAGUGGUAAGGGCUAGCUUGGUACCCAGAGAGCAGUGGGCUGAUGAGAAAGCUGAUAUUGGAUGUGUACACGGGGAUGUUAGGCCUUACCCUACUGCAGAGGUGUAUUUAACAGUGGGUGGUCAGACCUUUCUCCUCUCAGUGGCUUUAGUGCCCCAACUCCCAUACCCCGUCAUUUUAGGACUAGAUGUGCCUACACUUUUGGAUUUAGUGCAGGACCCCCAGAAGCAGAGUCCCUUGCCUACUGUUUGUGAUGAGGUGCUGGAAAUCCCGGGAGAGCCAGAACCCCUUCAGGUGAAGUCAGGAGAGAAUUCAGGGACAGAGGUUAAAGAAUGUCAUGUAGUCACCAGGGCUCAAAGUGCGAGAAACACCCUCAGUGAGUUACCAUUUUAUGAAGCAGAGCUGGAGGUGGGUGUAGAGAAGCUGCGAAGAUCCAGAGUCCAAAAGCGAAGGGACAAGUUUUUGGGUGCCCCGAGAGAAAAGGAUGAGAUUCCCCAACCCAGCCCGCCCUUAGAUGUGGAUAUUCCACUUAAUGUAGGUGAAUUACAGAGAAAGGAUCCUACUCUACAGCGGUGGUUUCAGAAGGUUUCCAAGGUUGAUGGGGUCAGUCAGGGAAGUGCAGGCUGUCUGGAGGAGGUUACCUAUAUGAUUGAGAAGGGUAUCCUUUACCAGUGUCAGGGUAGUACUCAGGCAUUAGCAGCUCCACAGUCACUCAGGCACACCAUCAUGGAGCUAGGCCAUUCCAUUCCUUGGGCAGGGCACAUGGCAUUUCACAAGACAUUACGCCGUGUAAGUAACCGCUUUGUAUGGCCGGGUAUGUACACCCAGCUUUCCAAAUUUUGCAACUCGUGUUCAAUCUGUCAGGUUACAGCAGGAAAGGGGGUGACGAAAGCUCUGUUACAGCCAUUACCACUCAUUGAAACACCAUUUGAGAGAAUAGGCAUGGAUGUAGUGGGGCCCUUAGAGAAGAGUGCUUCUGGAAACCGGUACAUUCUGGUAAUGUGUGAUUAUGCCACACGUUACCCAGAGGCUUUUCCCCUUAGAUCAGUAAAAGCUAGGCAUGUGGCUAAUUGUUUGCUGCAGUUGUUCUCCAGGGUAGGAAUAGCCAAAGAAAUCCUCACAGAUUGUGGAACCAACUUCCUGUCCAAGUUGUUGAGGCAAGUGUACCAGCUCCUAGGAGUAAAGGGCAUUAAAACUACCCCAUAUCACCCCCAAACAGAUGGGCUUGUAGAAAGGUACAACCAAACUUUAAAGAACAUGUUGCGCAAGUUUGUGUCACAGACAGGCUCUGACUGGGACCAGUGGUUGCCAUACCUCCUCUUCGCCUACAGAGAGGUGCCACAAGCUUCCACGGGCUUCUCACCGUUUGAAUUGCUUUAUGGACGCCAGGUGAGAGGACCUCUUGACCUUCUGAGGGAUUACUGGGAGGAUCCAAAGGCUUCAGGAGAGAGCAUUGUGGCGUAUGUGGUGAAGAUGAGAGAGAGGUUGGAAAAGAUGGCUACGCUAGCAAAAGAGAACAUGACCAUGGCCCAAGAGAAACAAAAAACCUGGUAUGACCAGAAGGCCAGGGAACGGGUUUUCCAGCCUGGACAGAAAGUGCUGCUGCUGUUCCCCUCAAGUGAAAGCAAACUGCUUGCAAAAUGGCAGGGGCCAUAUGAGGUCACGAAAAAGGUCGGUGCGGUUUCUUAUGAAAUUCAUAUGCCUGAUAGAGCAAAAAUGCACCAAACGUUUCACAUUAACCUGUUGAAGGAAUUCCACGAUUGUCCAGAGCCAGUGUCACAGCAUUUUUUCAUCCAGGCAGCUGAGGAGAAGGAGGUGGAGGAGCAGUUCUUUCCGACAAGUCCAGCAGGAGUCAGUCAGGUGGAGGUAGCACAUCUAACACCUGACCAACAGAAGGGUGUGGAAGCCCUCCUGGAUCCAGAAUUGUUCCAGGAGAAGCCAGGUUUUACUGAUCUGGUCCAACACAGCAUUCACCUGAAGGAGACUGCUCCUAGCCGCAAGAGAAGCUAUCGCAUCCCUGAGCGCCUGGUGCCUGAGCUGAAAAAGGAGAUCCAGCUAAUGUUGGAGUUGGGGAUCAUUGAAGUGUCGGACAGUGAAUGGUGCAGCCCAGUUGUCUUGGUGCCAAAAAAGGAUGGUUCCCUAAGGUUCUGCAUUGACUUCAGGUAUCUUAACACCAUCUCCAAGUUUGACCCAUAUCCAAUGCCCAGAAUUGAUGAGUUGCUGGAGAGGGUUGGGAAAGCCAAGUACAUCAGUACACUAGAUCUGAGCAAAGGUUACUGGCAAGUGGCCUUAGCACCUGAGGCGAAGAAGCUGACAGCUUUUGCAACACCUUAUGGCCUUUUCCAUUUCCGUGUUAUGCCGUUUGGGCUCCAGGGGGCACCUGCAACAUUUCAAAGGCUCAUGGACCAGGUCCUGCGAGAAGUGUCGGCGUUUUCAGCAGCAUACUUGGACGAUGUGGUGGUUUAUAGCCAAACCUGGGAGGAGCACAUGGCCCAUCUGACACGGGUCCUUCAUUGUAUCAAGGCUGCGGGACUGACCAUCAAUCCUCGAAAGUGCAUCUUCGCUCAGAAGGAGGUGGAGUACUUGGGAUAUAUCAUCGGGGAUGGGGUGAUUCGCCCACAAGUGAGCAAGUUGGAAGCCAUCACCUCGUACCCAGUUCCAACCACAAAGAAGAAAGUGAAGUCUUUCCUGGGACUUGUUGGGUGGUAUCGUAAGUUCAUCCCACAUCUGUCAGAGAGAGCUGCUGUUUUGACAGAUCUAACUAAGGCCUCAGCGUCUGCCAAAGUUCGGUGGACUGAAAAAUGUGAAGAAGCCUUCAGGGACCUGAAGCAAGCCAUCAGUGUGGAGUCAGUUCUGCAAAGCCCGGAUUUUGACAGGCCCUUCACCCUCCAAACGGAUGCCUCCGGAGUUGGCAUUGGGGCGGUGCUGCUCCAAGAAGUGGAAGGCGAGAUGAAGCCUGUCUUGUUCCUCAGCAGGAAGUUGCUGGAUCGAGAGACCCGUUACUCCACAAUUGAGAAGGAGUGCCUUGCAAUGAAGUGGGCCACUGAGUCUCUGAGGUAUUACCUGUUGGGGCGCCAGUUUACCAUGGAGACGGAUCAUCGAGCGCUCCAGUGGCUGCACCGGAUGAAGGAUGCAAAUAUGCGUAUCGCAGGGUGGUACCUCGCCAUGCAGCCCUACAACUUUGUGGUCAAGUACCGGCCGGGGAAAUCCAACCUGGUAGCUGACUGUCUGUCCCGUAACCCUGUGUAACAAGGUACUGUGCAGCUAAGGGAGAGGGGGAAGGAAAUGUAACGGAGGCCUCUGUUGUCUCCGUUACUACUGCAGUGAGUAGCUGAGGAUUGGGGCAGCUAAGCAGUGUUGAUAUAUAUAUAUAGUGCAGGUAGACACAACAUUGAGGGUUGUUAAAUUAAAAGCUACACAUGAUUAGCAAAUGAUGAGCCACAGAGGUAUUUCAGUCAAAAUACUUUAAUUCUGAUUUGGUUAAUGGUGUGUGUGUGUGUGUGUAUGUGUGUAUUUGUAUAGGUGUUCUCCGGGGACGUCCGGUAGCUCGUCCGGUAGCCGGGGGUUAAUUUAGCCGCACCACCUGUAACACAGUGCACACGAUGUGGAUGAGGGUUUCAGCAUAUUUGUGUGCUUGAGUAAAAGGUGGAAGUAGUGCAGUUUAAAAUCAGUUUGACGUGAAUAUUGUGAACACUUACCUGUGCCUUUCUGUCUCCACUCCCAGGGUGCACAUGUAAAAGAGUCCCCGGGGAAACAAACGGCCUUUUAGCGUUCCGGGAGGGUUCCAACUGGCAGAUGGGUAUGGGGGGUGAACAGUGCCACGUGUAACAUUUAAUUGGGAGGAUGAUCACAGUAUGUGAUUAAUGUACACUCGAAAUUAGGUUCUAUGAUUUAGUCUGGAGCAUAGGUUUGUAUAUUUUAAGUAGGUGCUUUUUAAAUAGUUAUAUUAAACUGGUUACAGUUUUUCCACACCCCUACACGUGGUAGCACCCAAUCGGGGAGGGUAUAUAGGGGAGCGCUUUCCUCUGAGCUGGGAAUCUCUCGUGUGCACAAUGGACUGAGCAUGGUGUGUUUUAUUGGUUUUUGGUUUAUACACUGCAAAUAAAUACCCACUGUGUGGGUUUAACUCAUCUCCUGCCUCUGCCUCCUUAUAUGGUCACAGCCGCUCUCAGGGUCAAUUCUUACAAUGUCCACAAAGAAAAAAUGCUGAAAGACAUAACUUGAAAACAUUUACAUCAAUAAUAAUAUUUUGGUAACACUUUACAAUAACCAUAAUUUAUUAAUGGUAAAUAGAUAGUUUUAUUAAUGUUUAAUCAUCAUUUUAAAACAGCAUAUAGAUCAAUUAUAAAUGGCCAAUAGAUACUUUAUUAAUGUAAGUUAAGAGUUAUUUUACCAUUGACAAGCAAUAAAAUUAUGAUGCAUAAUUUUCAGUAAUUGUUAAUGGACUAUUUAUUAAAGGUUUAUAUAUGGUUUAAAUGUUUGUUGUAAAACAUCUAGAUUAAAAUGUGUGUCAGUAUCACUUUGUAAAUGGUUAAUAUUUGAUUUUUAAACAUCCAUGAAAAUUACUUAGAUGGUUAUUGUGAAGUUGCAACAGAUGUUUGUAAUACUUUGUAAAUGAUUAAUAAGUGAUUUAUAAAUCACCUAUACACAUUACUUAGAUGAUCAUUGUAAAGUUAGGGUUAGGGUUAGGUUUUUAAAAUGAUAAAAUUUACAAUUUAUUAAUGGUCUAUAUGCUAUUUAUAAAUGAUGAUUAAACAUUAUUAAACUAUCUGCUUGCCAUUUAUAAAUGGUUGUUUUACCAUUUAUAAGUUAUUGUUAUUGUAAAGUGUUUUGGUUUAUGCAUAUGUAAACAGUUCAGGUUUUGAUGCUUAUAAGGCGAAUCUUCAUUAGCAGUGAAGCAGUCAGAGAGAAUAGUUUUCUUAAAGAAGGGUCAACUCCUGAGGAUCAAUUUUAAGGUCUCGAAAGGAGUUUUUGUCAAAGGCUGCCCACUACUGGUGAAAAAUAAAAAUGCAGGUGCUCACAGUACCUAAAGGAUAGUGUCCAGUCUGCUCCAGUUUCAGACUUUUAAACCCCUGUACUAUCAAACAAUAGACAGGCUGAUUAAACCAAGGCAAAAAUAAUAAGCAAUUAAAACAAUCAAUGUGAAAUAAACUAAAUCACAUUUUGAAAAAAUGACCAUUCUAGAAAACAGUGGUGUACAAAUCUUUUCUCUGUCACAUGUUUUUUUAUUAACCCUACCCAGUUUUCCUGAGUGCAGAAUAAUCUUUUAGAACCAUUGACCCAUUUUUAAUGUUUUCAUGACUCUGUAAAUGAAAAAAAAAAAGAGCUGGGCUUGAUCCCUGGACCACCUAUUUGAAGACUGUGGCCUCUUUACAUGAAGCAUGUAAUCUUUCAAAUGAGAUUAUAAAUAAAAUUGUUCAUAUUUAAACAACAAAGGUGGAGUUUGAUGUGGAAAAAAAUGAAAAAAAAAAAAAAUACAAUCAGAGACAGAAACUCUUUUUGACUUGAUACCAAAAACUCAAAGAUUGUUACUACCAUGACACAAACCACAUGUCUUUGGAUUUCUCAGGCUUUCAGUCAGGCACUGGUUUGGUUUAGUUUCCAGGGUACAUGAUAUUUUUUGUCAAAUUUAAUAAAAGAUCCAAUGAUUGUACCCAGCCAGUGUUAGCACCUGUAACCCCACCAGGAUGGUGUUGUCCUGAUGAGGAGUGUCCAAAACAAUGUUGCUGAAAAGCCAAUAGAAAUGGAAAUUCGGUUGCCUCAUCUGAUGUUUGUUAUUUAGUGCCUGCUAGAUCUUUCAGGCUUUAUUUUUCAAAUGAGACAAACCCAUCGUGUUUAGUCUGAGGGUCUCAGUGAAUCUGCUCAGAUUCUAGAGGCGUGUGUGACAGGGUGACACACAGGGCGGCUCUUGGCUCCCCUCUGAACUCUCAUGCGGGAGCAAACAGCCUCAAUUAGACCAAACACAAUAAUUAGGGAAUCUUUUACCUCUGCAUAUCAUUAGUUCCCAGACGGACAACAUCCCAAUCAAUGAUUACAAAUGACAGGUUCAUAAAUAAAUUAGUCCUGCUGAUAAGUGUGGAACACCACUCAAUUGAUCCCACAUGUUAAAAGGAAAUUAAAAGGCUCUGGGAAUGAGGAAUCUGCAAAAUUAACAGACUGAGCUGAUUUACAUUGCAGUGUAUUGUAUUAUAAUGCUCUGAUGGUGUGAAAUAUGCUGUACCAUAGAAGUUAAGACUUAAGAGGGGUCUUUCCUUGAAACCAGCAGAUGUCAGUGUUGACUGUAGAUAUGUCAUGUGCAAUAAAGCCUACCAGCGCUGAGCCUUCAGAGGUGAUUCUUAAAGUUGCACCGAUAUUCAUCUAAACAGUUGAUGUGUGAACAAUCAUAUAUUUUUUUAACUGUAUGUAUUUAUAAGUGAGGAGCACUGCUGCUUAUUCUAUCUAUUCUUGACAAGUAGGUUACCUUAAUAUGAUGUGGCCUGACGGAGAUUACACAUCACUUCACUUUCAGAUGGAAAGAUUUGAUCAUGGGUAUUAUGUUUGCAAAAAGAACUCGAGCGGAUGCCACAUCAUUGAUCAAAAACUGGCCUCGCUCUCAUGUGUCUCUGGACUUUGUGUAUUGGCUUGAUAGAUAAUGGACUUUCCAGGAUUAGAGACACAGUCCAACAUUGAAUAUUUCAAUAUUGAAUGUCCUCUUAAAGCCUCAAAAAUAGUCCAAAAACACGUGAUCAAUCUAAGAAACAUUAACUUGUUUGUUCAAAAACCUGAAAAUUUAUAAGGCUGCAUAUAUUUUACAUUUCCUCUCCAUGCUGUUCUUAACACUGUUUGUGUGUGUGUGUGUGUGUGUGUGUGUGUGUGUGUGUGUGUGUGUGUGUGUGUGUGUGUGUGUGUGUGUGUGUGUGUGUGUGUGUGUGUGUGUGCAGACUUGUGGGUCUAACUUUGUGCAUGCAUGUGCUAAGCAGCAGCUGGCAUUGUUUAUAAUAGUGCAUCUUAGCUAAUUUCAGUAAUGUGAUCCAGCCUCCACACGCUGACAGUUUAAUAGCCAUUAUUUGUGUCACCCUCUCUCAUAACGCUUUAGCAGUAAAUUGCUAUGCGCAGGAGCCUGCAGUAUGACUGACAUCUUACCUUGUAAUAUGAUAUCUAUUGUUUUAAUUAAGUGAAAGGGAUUGUGACAUUUAUUGGAUUCCAACUUACUUCUUAAUGGUAGCAUAAGAGAAAAAUGUGGGAGUAAAUUAUAAUGGUUUACAUUGUAUAAAUAAUUUGCAAACCCUUUGCUAAUGAUUACACAUUACUCUCCCUGUUUGACUGUCAAUUCAUUUGAAUACCUCAGGAAUAAAAAAACAGCACUGGUGAUGCAAUGAGACCCCACUCUUGGCAAUGCCAGAGCUUCUCUUUGUCUCAUCAUCUUUCUCUGUGUGUGGGAGUAAUGUUUAUUUAUUCCACAGCACAUUUGUGGUGAAAUUUUUCUUAGAAAUUAUAGGAGCUGACUUUCUGUUACCAGUACUCCUGUUAAAAGUAAUGCCAGUAGCCAGUUCAAGUCAUCACCCUGUCUGUUUGAUCUAUGGACUCACUCAGACAUCUUUAGUGGAGCGUAAUCAUGUUUUUAUAUGAUGUCACUGGUCGUUCCUGUCAUUAACUUGCCACCAGCUUGCCAGUUUGGGGAACAUAUUCCAUGUUGGGGUGGUGCAUGUGUUGCGUACUCCCCAUCCAGCCACUAACGCUGUAUCUGUCUCCGGCACACCAGUUUGUUCUGACAGGCCUGCCACAAUGAUGACUGCAUCACCCAGAUGCGGCGGAGCAGCUUGCGAGCUAACCCUGACACGCCGUCAAAAGGAGCAGCCAGCCGUCUGCAUGAGCCUCCUUCUGCUCCAUCAAACCUCAGAACCCAUCUCAUCCUGUAGAGCCAGCCACCGUCAACACGGCUGCUUCUCUCUGUUUGCUCUCUGUGCAGACUGUAUCCUGCAUAACAGCCUUUUUUUCUGGCUUGGAUGUUGUUGUGUAGUGUUUACUCCAGAAUUCUGUGGCUAUAAAUCUACUCAAAUCAUCUGCAGAUGAUCUGAAGUCCCCACAGAGACACUGCGACAGUGGCAGUCCAAAACAAGCCUUAUGGGACAUUAUUUGGGUAAGUGAAGUAGAGGAGCUUGGUUAUGAUUAGGCUGUUUGGCGCCAUGGGGCCUUUUUAUCGGUGGCCAAGUCAACUCACUCUCUGUCAUGCUACGUUUCUGGACUGUUUUUUUUUUAUAGCCUGAAAAUGCGACCAGUUCAUCAUGGGACAAGAGCGAGAUAAAAUAAGACAAUUAUGUAGACAUGUAGGAAGUCCUCCAACCCACUUUAGACGGGGCAAUGACUCACUAAUCUAUUCAGUCUGAAUACACAAAGUAUGAUUCUAUUCUAACUUCAACAAUUUGUUCAUUUUGAUGUACUUCCAAUAAACAUUGUAAACCAAGAGAAAAGUGGAGGACUAUCCCUCUGUUCCCAGAAUUCCCUGUCGGAUUGAGUGGUAUGAAAUCCGAAUUGCAAGGUUGUCCCUGCGAUUUAAACAGUCAAGUCAGACUGAAGACAGAUGAAUCAUAUGCAGUGGUAAGCAAGGUUACAAUGGUAACAUAAAACUAACAAUAUAAUUACAACUAAAUUGUCAUUUUAGCUACCUGAUAUUCAAAACGAAGUACACAUGGUUUGUCUGUUUAGGUUGUUGUGGUUGCUGGUCGUCUGUAUUGAAUACACUGUGUCAUGGGAAUACGUUACGCUGACUCCCCUCUGGUCAGUUGAAGGAAAUGCUCUCACAGAGCUCCUCCUAAACUGCCUUCACUGUGUUUAUUAAGUGACAAAACAGAUAGAUUACCUGCCACUCCAGUAAAAUUUGUCACUCAGGGAAGAUUCAGACUCCAAUCUGUUUAAGUUUGAGCCAUAAGUAAGACUUUAUAGACCUAAUGGCGAUGGAAAAAGCUGCUUCCAUGUUCAUAGGUCUUUAUCAGGGUCUGGAAAGAUCGUGGGAUACAGUUGUGUCUUUUUUUUAAACUCCUAACGGGUACUAUCCAAGUUUAUUUUAAUGAUCAACCAUAUUAACAUAAAUAAACAUGAGGUUAAAGCUUUAUGUUUUUAUGUGUGCUCUUUUGUUUUCUUCUGUGUGGUUUCUCUUUGCUUUCUUGUCUUUUAAGAACACAUCUGAUCCAUGUAUUUAGUUUACAUCUGAAUUUGGAAUAGAAAUAUAUUGUAUAAAAACUGUGAUUUUUGGGUUUCUUGUAUGCUCCACUUAUCAAACCAAACACCCAGUAAACAGAGGCUAUAGUCUCCAUCUUAGUGGUCAUAGGCUUGACCUCUUGCUGUAUAUCUCCCCCUCAUCUCUGCUCCUCACAUUUACCGUCUCUCCCAAGCAGUCUGCUUUGAAGCAAAAAGGAAACAACAAAUAUUUUAAAAUAUUGUGUUUUUUUUUGUUUUUUUUUUUUUUAUCACAAAAUACUUUUUGAUGCUAAACCUUGAUGGUAAAAAUAAAUAAAUGUUUUGAUAUUUUAGAUUAAAAACUCAGAUGGUGUGGUGUAGGUUAAAGGUGUAUCAUUAACAGUUUUACAUGAUUUUAACAAGCCAACUUUACUUAAGGUACAUUUAAUCAUCUGACAUGGACUCAGAAACCCUACAAAGAAUACCAAACCCUUUCAAAGUAAUCCUGUAUUGAAAUGGUUUAUAUGUGAGCUUGGAAACUGAAGACCUUAUUGGCACACAUCACUGGAAACAUUGGUAUUCUUACCAAACUGGACCAUUUGGAGGACCAUGUGACCAGCAUAAAUAUCAACCUUUAGGGUCAAGUGAAAAACUCACCACAUAAACAGAGAAUGGCAAACUCUGCAAGGAGACUGAGGCACACAGAGGAAAACAGAGAGCCAAAUGACAAAUACAAUCAGCGUCAAAGGAACAUUUCUGGAAAAUUGAAGCAUAAACGGCCAAUAAAAGGAAGCUGCAACUGUCGACCUCAACCUCUAAAAGGCUUGUUCUGGUUGCCAAAACUAUCAUAAAAGUGCUGAAACUCCAAAGAGUUCCCAUGUCAAAGGAAUGGACACAGUUUUCUUUCCUCAGGCCAUCAUCAUGGGUGAUCAAGACUGACACGCAUCACCAGAGGCUUUCAUGUCCAAUGAGAACACCUGUCUGACUCUGCGGGUGAAACUGGACAGAGGAGUGCCAUUGUAAAUAACAUUUCACAUGUGCCGCACUGCAGCUGGGAGACACAGUGGCAUCAUGAACCAAAGCAGGGGUUGAAAUACAGAAAACAGUCUGGGAAAAUUGAGGUUUUUGUUUAGUCUGUUACAAAAAUAUUAUAGAAUUAUGAUGCCAUUGUCAAAAAUAAAGAUGACAGGAUCUUAUUUACAGAUACUUUGCUUCUAGACUGCUUUUAAGAGGAGUUUCAGUUCUUUAAGCAGGCCGGUUUAUUCUUAUUCUUCAGGGCCCAUUACAGGGACACAAAGAGAAAGUCAAUCAGUAGAGGUUAAUGUAGACAAUCUUUAAAGAGGACAGACAAUGAAUGCAAAACACUCCUCAAGUGCUGCUAAGUAAAAGUGUCAAGCAAGUGACACGGUGUGAGUGUAUGUGUGUGUAUCUAUAGCUUACACCAUAAUGUAUGUUGUGCAUUUUCCAUCAGUUACCUCCUCCAUUGCAGGUUUUUUAAUGAUAAUUAUCCUCCAUUGUUGUAAAGACUGAAGAAAAAUUUCAGCCAUGUUUAUCUAAACAGUUCAGAUCUGUUUCUCCUGGUUUUAUAAAACCAGGGUUAAAAGAGUAUUCAGGGUUUCUAAUGCAAGCUUACAGGCCAGCGAUGUUAGAAUCACCCAAGAGCCUCUGAUCUGACCUCUAAUCUUGUUCAAGGUCAGCAGUAAGGACAGAGUGUUCCCACGAAGACUCCAAGACUCAAUAGGGACCCUCUGGAUUUAUGUUUGGUGAAAAAAUAGUUUAUCUAUUUAUUUUUAAUUCUAAGAGGUUAUAUAUUAUGCAGUUUGGAUCUAUUUUAUUUUACUAUUUUAAGCACAGCGGUAAACUGAAAACAGGUGUAUUUUUAUUUUAUUUUGAAGACUCAAGUGGUGCAUCAGUGGUGCAUCAUCACACAUUGUAGAUUUAGCUUGUCACUUACCCUGAACAAUUACAAAACAGGUACCGAUUGUUACUGACCCCAUGCAUCUUUCUUGUUUUUACAGAUGGUGCAAGACUAUCAACGUAAAUAUUAAACCUUGUGUUUGUCUCCUUUUUUUUUUUUAAGUGUUCAUUUUGCAACGAACACUGCUUAAAUAUAGUUUACAGCUUAAACCAACCUGAAUCAUCCCAAAUUGCAAAGUAAAAGUAAAAAUCCAGCAUCUGUGAGGCGCAGCAGAAACACAGGACAAUCUUCGGUUGUCAAGAAACCUGGCAACUUUGGACAAAUAUAGUGAUCCAACUCAUGAAUGAAUGUGGACCAUGCAAACUACGGGAGUGUCCCGGGAGAAAUGACGAUACCAGAGGGGGGCGGGAGAUAGGUCUGAAAUACGGGAGAGUCACGGGAAAAACGGGGGUGUUGGCAGGUAUGGUCCCACUCAGACUGGUAACAACUCAGUGACAGCAGUGGCUUGGCAAUGUAACAUAACUUUAAGAUAGCACUGUGCUAAAUGUUUUUACCUGUGUGUCAUAACUUGGACUUAAAUGUGGCUUUAACCGUCAAACGUAACUAAAAGAAAUUGGGUUUAUGCUCCAAUAUUGCAAGCCUAGAGACAAACAGUCAUAUGUGUAGUUUCUUCUUUUAAGACGUAACAAAAAUAUGUAGAAGACGUAAGACGUAACACAAUGGCUACUUUUCAUUUUAACUCAGGUUAACUUGUGUGUUUUUUUUGAAUCUAUGAUAUUUAUUCAUGUAUGCACCCUGUGCUGUAUUUUUAUGAGUCUCUUGUAUGAAUGCAGAGAAUAUGUAACCAAUGGAAAACAUUACAUCCUGUCUCUGACACAUCCUGUUUACAAACUUCAAAAACAUACAGCAAAGGGGCUGUUAGACGCAAUGAGAGUCUCAUUUGGGCAAUAUUGUUGAGAGAAAUAUGCAUGAAAAAACAAACCCAACAGCCAUGCUUGACAAAAUUACAGACAAAAAAUGGUCUCUGAUGAAUUGGCACUUAAUUACUGCUUGAUUAGCAUAAUUAUGCAUGUUAAUAGCAUCUCAAAUGAAUUGCAGUUGUCAGGAGGGAGGAAGCAUCUGUAGUAGUGGCAGCCUGAUACAUAUUUCUCUCUAUCCAACAGCGUUGUCUAACUCUUCCCCUUAAGUGUUCACCAUUAAUCACUACACACUCCUUUUCCUUUGGAGUGAAAUUUGGCAUUUUGGGAUAAUUGGGCUAUUAUGGUGUGCUUGUCACAUCAGUAAUAGAAGGCUAAUGAGCACCCUCAUGUGCUAGUUUUUAGAGAUGACGGUACAGCCCAGAGUGUCAUAGCAGAUAGGGAUAUGACCUAGUCAUACUGAGACAAAUGAUCAUAUUAUUUUAACUAUUACUGUGUCAUCCUGAUAUCCCAAAUAUAGGCACACAUCAUGGUACAAGUUUGACAGAGACUGGUACAGACGGAUGUAGCAGUCACUAUGACAUGUCACUUUUCAAUAUCUGCACAUUCAACAAAAACUCUGGAAUUAAUUAAUUUCUUUAAGUAAUAUAUUCUAAACUAAAUAUAUGACUAAAUAUUAAUGCAAUCCCCCCACUACAGUAAAAAAAAAAAAAAAAAAAAAAAGUAGAAUUUAAUUCUUCUCUUGCAGGACUUCUGUGAGAGAGGAGAGGGUCUACAACCAUGUCCCCCAGGGGGUCAUGUGGGGCUACGAAUACAGGAUCAUGGGGCUCUUACCCUGGGCCUCAUGGGCUUUGCUGAAGUUGAGCUGUGUUUGUAUUCUCAGCACAAAGUCAGACAUGUUUCCUGUGCAUGUUAGUCUCUGCCAGGGUUACCCCUUGCCAUCAAUCUUGUAUGAUUUUCAUGAGGAGGAGCUCAAGGAUCAGUAGGGGGAAGAAGGGUGUCCAGACAGGGUGCCCUAGAAAUCCUUCUAUUUGCUGGUCAUUCCAUGUUUUGACCCUCACCUUGGUCAUGAGCUUUGGGUAUUCACCUAAAGAGUAAGAUCCCAGCAAUGGCCAAAAUGAAUUACUUUUGCAGGGUAGCUGGACUCAACCUUUGAGAUAGACCAAAGCUGUCCAGGGAGCUUGGAUCAGAGCUGCUUCUCUGUUGCAUUACAUUAAAAUGCUUAGCAUGCUAUCACCAUAACCAAGUCCAAGGUAAUCAGAUAAGAAUAGGUAGAUAGAUAGAUAGAUAGAUAGAUAGAUAGAUAGAUAGAGUUAUGUUCUCUGGAGAAGACCUGUGGGACCUGUAACAUCUAAACUUUUUUUCAUUGCUGUUAUUGGCUGUAACUGUACCCCCUUUAACCACAUGUGGUCCUCCUAUCCAGGAGCACUAACCCAGGAUUUCCACCGCAUCCCGAACAGCGGCGAUUUUCGCUGUAUGCCAAUUCCUUCCGGAUCUGUUUGUGAGCUGAAUUUUGUGGCGGAUUAUGGACAGCAGGAAUCCCAAGAACUCACAAGAGCCUGUGGAUUGACGUGCAAUCAUGCAAAAACAAGUUGUCUUUAGCCACAUAGGCUAACCAUAUAAGCAGAAGAUUGUGUCCUUCCAGAGGAGGAAAUCUACUUCUAGACUUAUAAAAUCAGCAUCUCCUCAUCCAUGGUGUCAUUGGGAUGACAUGCUAUCUAUAAGCCUUUUUCUUGUUUGUCCCUGCCCGUUUGCAUGGUGUGAAAUACGAUCCACCUGAAACACAGAAUAUUUUAUUUUGAAAAGGAGACGAAUGUUUUAUUUUGUGUCUGUGCCCAACUUCCUUUCUAGCACAGGUUAAUCUGUGCUGAAUUUAUCCGGCAUGUUCCGGCAUGUUCCGGCAUCCGUAAAAAAUAGAACUCUUGUGAUCAGCUGCAAAGUCUGGCGAUCUGCAGUGGAAUGGAAAGAAGCCAGUGGAAAUUGACACAUUAACUUGAAUGGUUACGAUCAGCUAUGAUUGGCAGAUAUGGCCUUUUCGUAGCCUUUCCGGAUGCGGUGGAAAUUGGGGGUAAAACUAUCAUAGUGGCAGAACUUACCGUGCCCUGGCCACCAUCUGAAAAAAAAAUCAAAUAAAAAAAUAAAAAACAAGUACCAGGACCUGAUUCACGAAGCGGCUCUAAAAGGGUGGCAAUUAAGGUUGGCUGCCGCAGGUUCCCAGCAAAAUCGGUGCACUACUUCCUCCAGAGAGUUGGUUUGGAGCCUCAACAGCUCAAGAAAGCCACCAGGGAGAUAGUCAUGAUGGCAGAGUCUAGCUCAAGAUGGUUGUGGCUGAAGAAGGCCCAAAGUUGGAACCCUUCUGCAGGUGAAGGCUAACCAGCCUCCACAGCCCCACUCAGGCGAGGUGUACAGGUUAAGGGGUGAAACCCCAGUGACCCUGAGACACCUGCUGAUGAUGCAGAGGGGUUCCCAACAAAAUAGGCGAGGCAAGGAACGCGAAUGAGGAUCCAGUCUAUGUAGUCUGUAGUUGCUGCUUGUAGCAUAGCAUCUUUUAUGUUUAUCUCACUAAUCUCAAACACACACUAAGUCAUUUUGUUCUGUGCAUUGUCUUAUGGCUGUGGCUACAUUACACUGUCCUUUUGUCUCAAGUCACUAACUCACUGCAGUCUGACAGACUUUUCUUGUCCCUCUAACCUUUGGGAUGUGUGUUUGAAUCCAGUACCCUACAACAAUCAAUGCUGUGAUGGAUCGCAUUGAUAGCUCUGUCUGUGGUUUGCAUCACAGAUUCUAAAGAUGACACAACCAAUUUCAUGGUAAACAUUUCCUCUAGCUGCCACUUUAUCCGGUUCCUUAUUAUUGGCAGACGUGGAGAGGAGAGGAGGAAGACAGGGGGUGGAGGGGGAGUCUCAAGGUUGCAGGUGGCAGCCAGGAGCACUUAUGGAUUGAGGCAAAGGGCACAGUCUGAGAUGAGCUCUGACUGCUUCAUUGGGAAUUCUUCUCAGGAGUAUAUCACAUUUGUUAUCAUCUCUAAUCUCUAUUUAUUUGGAACUGUGUCAACAACAACAGUCUGCCGUGUGACUUCAAGAAUUUGCUAUUUAAAAGACUGAAAGCGGUCAUUAAGGAGUUAUAUAAGGCCACACUCAAGGGUUUAAUUUUGUUCCUAGAAAGUUAUAUACCUCUCAAAAAUAAAAUCCUAUUUUAAAGCUAAACUGCUCUAAAGACUCUGACUUUAGAUGGGUGUAAUUUGUGUCUAUAAUCAGCCCAGCCAGUGGCCUGUGUGACAGGGAGUGCUGUAUUGGAUAUUAACUCACUGACGCCUGGUGGUCUGUCAUUCCCACAGACAGCCUCUUAAUGCCCUAAUGGCUCAUUUACAUUAUUGAUGAGCCAACCCUGUGUCACCUCAAACACAGACUAUUUAAAGGAAAUAAUUUUAUGCAAACUACAUAUUGAUGCACUAAUGAUCAAUUGGCCCUUGUUUUGUGUGUUAAUAAUAUGCAACUGUUGCAGUGUGAUGUACAUCUUCAAUUAGAGAGUUACCCUGUCUGCCAGCAGACUCAAACAAGUGGUGUGAGUGCAGCAUCUGUUCUGCAGACUGAGACAAAAAGAAAACUGAGGAUGGCUUUGGAGCUGUGGUGUAAUACAUUCAGCUCUAAAAUCCAAGUCAGGUGGGUGAACUAAUUUGAGUUAAUGCAAUGUAUCUUAAAGAACUCUUCUUGUUCCUACCUUUUUCUGAGAAAUGGAGGGCAUUCGCUGCCCAAACACCAUAUUUUGUACUUUCAUACUAAUUCCAAAAUGGCAUAAUAUUGGUGUCCUGGUGUGUCAUUUUAUAUUUGUUGCCAGUUCGAAGAGAUUCCACUAUGGCACUGUAAUCUAUCUGAUACUAUUUCUGAUGCUGGCACAGUAGUAAGACCACAUGGUGCCACCAUUGCACCUUUGUGACAUGCAGCCACAUAACAGGUGAGACAUCACAGGGGUGUAAAAGCAGUAUAAAAAGGGGAGGUAAGGAUCCACUCUAUAUUUUUAGCUACCUCCUGGUGUUAUUCCUAAACAAAACGAGAUUCAAAGAUUUGAGUUGAGUCUGCCCCUAGAGUUCACAUGCUCAAAUGGCAAUAAACUCUGAAUUAGCACACCAAGGAUGACUCUCAGGGAUGAUUGGAUUGGAUUGGAUGGAAAAGGUUUUGUAUUGGGUGCUCGACAAUUUGCUUGUUAACUAUUUUUCAUCUUACAGGGCCAGGAGGAAAACCGGAGUGAUGUUUUGUGAAUUUUGGAGGGCUAUGCAUCACCAUAACAAAGGGUGCCCAAGUGCAACCAUUAUUUAGGGGGGUUAAGACUAUAUAUACAUGAGUUGUUUUCAGGCUUCACAAUUGGUCCAAAACAAAAAUUUGGCUGCAAUUUUGGAAGGAUUUUGGCCUACUCAUCCAUUUAUAUUCAGCAAGUUAUUAGUUAGUUUUAUUAUUCCUGGUGGUGAAAAAUUUGCCUGUCAACUUGGCUUGUGUGUAAAAAUUUUGAUUUUAGAUCUUGGCUAUAGGCCCUUAUCCUCUGCAGACUGGGUCAAAUGUACAGCUUGAUUUUCCUAGUUUAAUGAAAGCCAGAACAAGUUAAUAAUGCCGGGGUUAUUGUACGCUGUUUUUUUUUUUUUUUUUUUUUUGACAAUUUCAGCAUCAUGCUGUGUUCAGAAAGUCACUUUUUUUAGCACUUUCAGGUGUAACACAUUUGUCCUUUUCUGACCUUUAGGUCUCAGCUGAUGAGGGCUGAGCUGAACAGUGAUCCACAUUUCUGAUUGGUAGAGGAAAACGAACAAUGUCGUCAGCUUUGCAUUUUUGAUAUGAUCCUGUCACAUUUAAGUAGGUUGUGUUUUGGCAAAAACAUACAUGGCAACUAAAAGCCUCAAAUAGUUCCAACUAAAAUCCCUAAAAAGUACAAAACACAUCAACAAUCAAAAAACUUUUUAACAGACUUAUUUUAACAGACACUUUUAAGGUCAGUUGGUAAAAAUUCAUGUUAUGGUACACAGAUUAAUCUUUAUUUAGUUGCUAAAGAGCAUAUAUACCUGAUUGGCUCUUAAUAAGUCAUCAUAAAGCACUUCUUUACACCUUCAUCAUGACCAUAUUAUUCAACUAGUGAGGCAUUUAUUUAAAAGUUACAGUCUAUAGCCUUCUAGUAACUACUUAUCCAUUUAAAAAGGACAUUGUGGUACAUUAAUUACAAUCUUUAUAUGCUUUACUGAGCUAGGGCUUAUAGAGGUGGCAGUGGUAUAAUAUUUGAUAAAUGUGGUCUAUUCUUACGUAACAAAACACACCCUGACAUAAAGUGUUACCAAUAAUCUUUCUUUUAUAUCGGGCUCUUAAAAACACUUUAAAGCCUUUAAAAGCCUUCCAACCACACCCUGCUCAUAUUCUGUUAUGUGGCAUAAACUCAUUAACUGGUCAGUCACUGGUGAGUAAAACACUUUAAAUCACUGCUGGGAGUUCUUGGAGUGCUGGGAAGGUGGAGCGUGGGCUUCCUCUUAACUCGGACUCUAUCAUUGUUAUUAUGGUGUGAUCUUGGUUUCUAUUGCAGCACUACAUGAUUAUGAUAUUUAAUAAUAUUACAUAACACAGACUGUUUAUUGAGAAGAAAUUUCCUUGUUUAUUGACGCUUUAUGAUCAAAUUAAGGAUGCAUCAUUUAUGGCUCCAAGAUAGGCUCGCUCAACAAAAUGCUUUUGUAUUUUAUAAGAAAAUCAAAAGCAAAAAAAAAUAAAAAAAUUAAGUCUUUGCAAGUGUUUUUGUUUUGAUUUAAACAACAUUCACCACAACAAGUCUGGAAAAAAAAAGUCUUAUUUCAAGAUAUUACACACCAAAAUAAAACCUGAAAUGUUUUUGAUCAAGAUGUGAAUUUUUUUUUACUAUGUAACCUUAAUUCUGUAUGUUUCAUCUUUGCAUGUCUUUGUCAGGAGUCAAAACCAGUUCUUUCUCACCUAGAGAAGUUCGAGAUAUCUUCAAAAAGGUCAAAGAAGAGAAGUCUAAGGAUCUGAUUGUUCAACUGCCUCCAAUAAUCUCUCUGGGGACAUCUCUUUUCUCCAAAAUACAAUAAUCAAUAUGGUGAUCAAUGACAUUUGUUGUUCACACAGUGAUGCAAAUGGGCUCUGCCAGCGCUGUUAUUGUGUCCCUGACAAAUUGGGGACAUUGUUUGCAUGCAAGGAGAAAGCCUGUCUCCCACAGAAUAGCAGAGAGCUCAGAGUGACACGGAGGAUUUGUCUUUCUGAUUGAUUGGUGUCAUGCUUAAAUGCUUAUCAAUCUCUUGAUUCUUAGGAGCCACCCGUGAAAGAAUCAAGCCCUCGAAGAGCCACAGUUUGAAGCAUCCAGGUAGUGCCGUUAACUUCAACAGCAGCUACUUUUCCAGAGAGUCUCUGACAGUAAGAUUGAUUAUUAUUCCCUGUAUGGACUGAGAGGAGACACUGGGGACAUGCUUGUCUGUGUAUCAUCAUUUAUAUCUAUGACCUACAAGGUAUAUGGAUGUCACCACUUCCUAUUCAAUCAAAGAUAGAUGACCAAUAUGAAUCACUGAAGACUGUGAAUACACCUACACCAUUCACACUGCCUUAACCUGGUCAUAGAUUACUUCCCUUUGUCUACAAACUCCUAUUAUGUAUAUUGAAUGUAUCUUUCACGCCGUAUUUCCCUGAAGAUAUCCACGUGUGCUUACAUAGAGAGCUGAAAUUGUUCAACUUGUUCUUCAUUACGGCCCCUCGCAGAGGUCAGCCCUGAAUGCCCCUUUCCCUCUCUGACAAGACAUGUGUGCAGUCCCUGUCUCUCUAAAUUAAGAAUCCCAUAAAACAGCUCCACUUUCACAAUCUCAAUCACAGGAUGAGGAGCCAUCACCACCCCUGAGGGCCCCUGGUAGCCCCUUUUAUAAUGAAUUACCACCAUAUCCACCAGUGCCCACAUAUCCUGCUGAGAUUGAUGGCCUAGAAUAAAAUGUCCCUCUUCACUUUUGGCCCUUCUGCAUAUAUCAGCCAGAAGGUCCAUCGUUUAUCAGGCCCAAUACUGGAGCUAAGCAUGCAGGCCGCCACCAUUUAGAUAACAUAUAAUAAUGUAAAAGGGGUUGAAGAGCAGUUCUUGAGUGUUUUCAGAGCCAGCUGUCAGGGGCACCAAUUAAGACCAAAUUUGAGGAAAGAUGUGAAGGAUAAAAUCCCUGACAGAUUGGUGUUGGUAUGAUUCAUGCCUUUUUUAGAGUUGUGUCAUAAUAAGACAGCAUUUUCUUUAAACUAUUAACAUAGAUUCAUAAUCAGAAUGAAGUGUUCUGGGGUUAGCUAUUAACAUGAACUACCUUCUGGUUCGCUGGAAGACCGGUCUCAGAUUGCCUAAUAACACUGGACCCUCUGAAACAACCACCAUCUUUUAGAGGCCUCGAAUGUAUCCAGAUAGAGAUUAAGAAUUCCCCUCCAACACUUUCAUUUCUGUGCAUUUCCUCUGUUUACAGCACAAAUAGGAAUUUGAGAAAUGAUGUUUGUGUAGUUCAGGGGCUGAGCUUAUUACCUUUUCUGUUAGUAUUGCAUUGUUAUAGUUUGCAGAGAGGAUUACCUUAAAGCUCCUGUGAGGAACUUUUGGGUUAGUGUGAAUUUAGGAGCUCCCUAAGGACAAAAACGUCUUUGCUUAUCUUAUUCUUUGCAGUGACUUGAUAAAAAAAUGUCACUGGUGGUCUAGUUUAGUAUUGGGUUUCAUAAAAAGGCGACAAGAUGAAUUUCAGUCUAAUUCAUAAACAUCAGCAACUCCUCAGUCUGACUUUACAAACUUACAACUGAUCUGUUUUAAACAAUAAAUUAUAUCCAAACAUGGCUUCUGGUCUAACUGGCGCACAGCUUAUAGCUUUGAUUGUAACAUAGCUUUAAGUCUACUAAAUCAGACUUAAGGUUACACUCUGGAGUAUUCCUAGGUAGGGUAUUCAAUCCCAGGUCUGAUUUUAGAGGUUUAAAAAGAUAACUCUAAAGGAAAUAGUCAUCAGAUGAUGACCAAUGAGUUGUUGGACUUCAUCAUGAUGAUUGUGUUCUUCUUGCUUUCCACAUGAGAGUUUGCAGCAAAUAAGAAGCAAUAUGACUCAUACAACAAAUAAAAAGCAGAAUGCAUCACACGACUAUUGGCUUGAGAUGAUCUUUUUACAAGUUUGAGAAAGUCAAUAUGAAAGGUUAACGAAGGUUAGAGCGAGGACAAAGUAAGAAGUUUAGGAAUCUGGAACAAUAAUACAGAGAAUAUGGAAUAAGCCGUGAAAUGUUGUGGAUUAGAUGAAAUGGAAAUAGACGGAAAAGGCCUUUCAAGAUGUGAAGUCAACACGAGUAAAGCUCGAGCAAAGGAGAGUGACAGAGGUUGAGACAGUGUCACAGAUGACAAAGUGUCAGUCACACAGUGAAAGUCGUCCUCUCUUCAGAGCAGCACCCCGUCUGCCACUCAGAGAGCUUUUCUUAGGUGUGAGACAGCUGGUGUCACAUCUGAAGAGCAGUGUUGGUCUGGAAGGAAUCCCUGCCCCAAAAUAAUCUUUAACCAUCAAUUUUUACUUUUCAAGAGUGAAUGCUUUAGGCUGUUUAGAGGAAUAAGAAACUAGAGACCCCGAAGUUUCACAGCUGAAAGAUGUCCAUAGACUAAAACCUUGACAUGGUGUUGAUCACAGCUUGAAUAUAAAUUAGUGUUUAACAGGAAAUACACAGUGGGUCAUAAGUAUUUCCAUCAAUAGACUUGUAAGCAACAAUCAAAACAUAGCAUUAACAAAUUAGACAUACAAGGUUACUGUUGAAAUGCACAUUUUGUGGAGGUUGGUUUAACCCAAUCCACUUACCCUUCUAAAAAAGACAUUGUUUUUUUUGGUCUGGUUCACAACAUCUUAUUAAGGUGCACACAGCUCACAUACGUUUGCUAUGUUCUUGGGACUUCAGCUUAGACAUUGCCUGGCUGGUUUAGUGACUUUUGGCUUUUCUUCAAGGGUAAGCAAAGACCCAACAGUCUCUCGGUUCUAGAGAUUACAUUUCCUGGUUUUCCUGCAGUGUUAA